CGCAGGAUACUUAGGCGCGGGCGGGCGCGAGCGCGAGCGCGAGGAGGGGGGGCGCGCGGGCCGGAGGAGUUCCUCCGCCAAGACAAUUAUGCAUGCGUUAGGGCACCUCUGACAGAAUGGCCGUGGAAGCUCUCCACUGCGGUCUGAGUCCACGGGGCAUCGACCACCCUGCCCAUGCUGAAGGAAUUCAACUACAAAUUGAAGGCGAAGUUGUGGACUCUCAAUCCAUUAAGAAUAAAAAUUUCCAGAAGGUGCCAGAUCAAAAGGGAACCCCCAGGCGACUGCAGGGCGAGGCGGAGACGGUGAAGGUGUCGUGCCUUCCAGGGUGUAGAAUUUCUUCCUGUAGCUUCUCAUCAUUGCAGUCAGCUGCAGUGAAGCUGUCGAAGCCAGCGGCUCUGUGGACCCAGCAGGAUGUGUGCAAGUGGUUGAAGAAACAUUGUCCAAAUCAGUAUCAGCUCUACAGCGAGUCGUUCCGACAGCACGACAUAACUGGGCGAGCCCUGCUGAGACUCACGGACAAAAAGCUGGAGCGCAUGGGGAUCACCCAGGAGAACCUCCGGCAGCACAUCUUGCAACAGGUGCUCCAGCUGAAGGUGCGCGAGGAAGUCAGAAACCUACAGUUACUCACACAAGAUUCCCCUGAAUUCCAUCUUCUGUCUCACCUCUGUCCUGUUGAACGUAGGCCCCUGUGGUUUCCACACUGAAGAAAUGGAC